GCAUGACUCAAAAUGAUAAUUUUCAUCAUAAGUUCUGCAACACAUUCUCCAACGCAUCUGCAUGUGUUGUAAUAAGACUCAGAGGCGAUUUUUUAAAACAAUUCACAGGGUUUAGUGACAAUAAAAACUUCAGUGUGAACAUGGAAUACAAGACGAACAUUGUUCUGCUCAAAAUGUUCAAUGGAAUUUGAAUUCUUAACUGUUCACAUUCCCAUGAACAACUGACGGGUGCACAAAGCCCCUGAUUUUGUGCGCAUGUCUUCACUUGGUCGUUGAGGGAACGUUGUGACCAGGAACUCAAUUGCUAAUGCAGGAGAUUUGCAGGAAAUGAAAUGCAUAAAUAAUGAACUUUUGGGAACUCUAUAUCACGCAGGUGCCGAGACUAGAUUCCUGUACUGUCUGCCUACAUCGGCAUUUCUGUUACUACUUCAGCUGCUAUUCACUUCACGAUGACACCAGAUGCUGAGUUAGAGAGGAGAUUCCUGAAGGCGCAGAAUGUUUUGCAUUACGUGAGUCGUCCAGUUGCCUUUUUGGGAAUGUGGCCAGUGAAUGUAACCACUGGCGACCGAAUAAGAAUGUUUUUAUACUUCACAUAUCACAUUUAUCGAAUGGGGAUGGAGUUCAUCGAUCUCGUCAUGGUUUUCGGAAAUCUUGGACAAGUCAUUGAAAAUCUCAUGAUAACAGGUACCCAAGUAGCCCUCAUGAUGAGACUCACAUUUCCAAGGUUCACUACGAGUAUGCGUCGAGUGCUGGACGGAUUGGCUGACUUGCAUCAACGUAACAAGUUCAAUGACACCAGAGAAAUGGAGAUCUUCAUCAAAUACAGCGAAAUUUGUGAGAGAUGUUACAAGAUUGUCUUGUGGCCAGCGACCUUCACUUGUGUCUCGUGGUAUCUCACGCCCAUUCAAACCUACUUCAUCGUGAAAAUACAGAAUGGAACAUUCGUCUAUGCAUCCCCAUGGCGAAUGCCUUCGUUCGAAGCUAUGGAGAAACCUGAAGUAGCAAUCCUUCUACAUCUUAUCGAAAUACCAGUGACGUAUUUGACUGCUUGCUAUUUGUUAACUUAUUGCAUAUAUUUCACUCUCGUAAAUCAUAUCCGAGGUCAACUAGUCAUCAUGAGUUAUAAAGUCAAGAAUCUCAAAAUAGAUGGUGCAAAAAAUAUCAGAGAAGUGAUCAGUCCCAUUGUGGAAAAACAUAUCGCAAUUCUUCACUUUUCCAGUGUAGCAAAAUCCUUGGACGACUGCUCCCACUUUUUCCUGCUUUACGAACUCCUCAACACGACUCUCACUCUCGCAUUAUUAUUGUACAACAUAAUGGCGAACAUUAGCUUGAGUGAAACAGCUUUGAUCAUCAAUUUCUCAUUUUAUAUGUUUAACAUGACUGUGCUUGUGUUUGCCAACUGCUACAUGAGUCAAUGUUUGGAGAAUGAGGCUGCGAACCUGUUUCAUGCAUUUUACGAGCACAAUUGGAACGACCUGCCAUUGCCAUAUCAGAAAGCAUUGAUAAUAUGUAUGUUACGUGCUCAAACACCUCUGCACAUCACAGCCGGAAAAUUCUACAAAUUUUCAUUGAGUGGUUUUACAAGUGUUAGAAUUUUAUCUCUUGCCAUCCUCAAUUCCCAAUUCAAUCAAAUUUUUUUUCCAGAUCAUGAAAUCAUCCAUGGCCUUUGUAUCAAUGUUGAGAGCAACGCUUUGAAGUCCAUUUACGAUUUACUCUAUGAGUACUAAAACAU